AUGGCACAUUUCACAAUAGAGAAUCUUGCAUGUAUUAAUGAAUACCUUGCAAACACUAAUUAUUUAAAUGGAGAUCUUCCAGGAGCUGAUGAUGUCAGAAUCUUCAAUGCUUUGAAAGGUGUUCCACCCAAAAAUCAAUUUCCAGAAAUUUAUUUCUGGUAUCUACUCCUCAACUCUUUUACUCCUGCUAUUAGAGCUUAAUGGGUUACAGUAGCUUCACCAAAGAGAUAAGAACAAAAGAAGGAAAAACCAAAGAAAUAAGAACCAAAGAAAACUGUUGAUGAAGAUAUUGAUCUCUUUGGAAAUAAUGAUGAUCCUGAAAUAGAAAAGAAAGCUAAAGCUUUGGCUGAACAAAAAUAAUAAGAAGGCUUAGCCAAGAAAAACAACAAAAAUUUAGUUGGCAAGACUAUAGUGAUCUUUGAAGUUAAAAUAUUUGAAGCCACAGAUUAAGCCUUAUUAGAAUAAAUAGCCAAAAGAAUCAAGGACACUAUCAAUCCAGAUGGUUUAGUUUGGGGAAAGGAUAUCAAUUAUGAAGAAAUUGCAUAUGGAGCCAAGAAGAUUGUUAUGUCAAUGGUCAUUGAAGAUAAGGUAAUUCAUUAAAUCAUCAUUGUUUUAGAUUUUUACUGAAGAUAUAUUUGAUCAAAUAACAGCUUGGGAAGAUGAAGUUUCUAGUGUUGACAUAGUAACAAUGUAAAAAGGUUGA